AUGGCGCAGCCCGUCGUACAACAGCCUACCCUCUCACCACCGCUGUCGCCCUCCGGGCCCGGUCUCAACUCGAUCGUACGCUCCAACAGCUCAGACUUCGCCGCCAAAGCCGUCUUCUUCGACAACAGCGACGCAAACAAGACGCUCUCCAACGGAGUCAAGAAGAGCCUCAAGGAAGGCAACGGCUCACAAGCGCAUCGACAGAAGCCCCGUUCACGCCCCUCUUCCAGCAGAGUCAACGGUAGCACCGAUCUUCACCACACCGGCUCCAAUGGCACCUCGUCGCGCGAGCAGGGCGUCGAAGCGGCAAAUCACCCCACCAUCGCUCAAGCGCCCGGUGCCAGCUUUUCCGUCGCAACCAAGCCCCAGGACCGCGAUCCUAGCCUCCUGCGCCAGCCGCCGCAGCAGAAGGGCUUCGACUGCCUCAGCAGCUACCAGCUCGAUCACAACGGCCGCAUCCCCGCCAGCGAGUACAACUACAUCCAGCGCGACAAGCUCGUUGCCAGCGCGCAACAGUCGGCCAUCCGAUCCGGCAACUUCCACUGGGUUGCGCUCAUGGACCUCGCCCACCUCGCAUCGCAGCAUCACAUGUCACCGUACAGCAUCAUGAAAUUCGGUCCAAGGGGCUCGCCGUUUGCGUACAUUCCUAUCACGCUGCAGCAGCCCGAGGUGGUGGAGAACACGCGCCAGCGCCAGAGGGAGGAGGAGCUGCAGGCGAAAGCGUGGUUCAUCGCCAAGCGGCAGAAGAAGUUGGGGUUGGCAUCGGUGCCCAUGGACAGCGACGAUGAUUUGCCCGUGCUGAGUUUGCCUUCGGACAUGUUCCAGGCGAAGCCAGGGGCGAAUGGCAGCUCGCCGCCCCCGAGCGUGGGGACGAAACGACCUGCGUCGCUCAGCACGCCCCCCGGCGAUCGGGCUAGGAGCGUGCUGCGCACUGAGCCCGACCAGCAGGUGGAGCGCAGCGAGGCCGUGGAAGCCUCCUCCUCGCCGGAAGAAGUCAACGCACCUCCAUCGCGCGAAGUGUCCUCCUCUGAAGAAGACGAAGUCGCACCGGCCAAGGACCAGGUCGAUCUCUCCAACUUCGACCGCUCCACGCGCAUGGUCGAGCUCUCCUCGACCCCCGAACGCGCGGCCGCCUCGGCAGCCAAGACGGACGCAGCCAACGGCAACGGCGAGGUGGCCGACGAGCUCAUGACGUCCUCCUCCGCGGGGAGCAGCGUCGAGCUCGGCGGACCGAUGGACAAAGAGCGGACCAUGGCGCAAGAAAUGGAGCAUGCGACGAGCACCGACAAGCCCGCUCAGGCCAAAGAUGCCUCCCUCGGACCGCUCGUGCACGGCGACCAGAACGGCAAUGGCGUCUCGCACCGCGCUACUGAGGAGCAGCAACAGCAGCAGCAGUUGGCGAUGAAGACGUCCGACACGCACCCGAUCCACAUCAGCCCCGUGCUGCCGGAUGAUCUGUUGGCAGAUGUCGGGCGUCGGAUCCGGGCUCAGGCCGAGCCGCAACUCCUCCGCCUCAGCUCCAGUGAGGGAAACACAUCGCUGACAACGGGCUACUUCGACGACCACCCCGCCGCCCAGGUUCGCGGGGAACGCCUCAUCCGUCUCCGCAACAUGCUCGACCUAACCACCGUCACCUCCACAGACCCGUCGGCCAAUUAUCUCUCGCAAUCUCAGCUGGCCGAACAAGCAUCCCGCGAGACCUCCCUCACGCUCUCCUCCUCCGAACCCUCUCGCGGUAUCGGCAACUUCCUACUCUCCAGCUGUCCCGGCAAGAAAGUGCGUCUCUCCGGCCCGGUUCGCGGUCGGGGCGCCAUCUGUCGCGAUUUGGGUCUGGACCUCGGGCGGAUCUACAGCAUUGGUGUCCGCGCUGUGGUGUGCUGUUUGAACGACGAGGAGCUGUCCUAUCUGGGUGCGCCGUGGGGGGAGUAUGAGCGCGAGGCGGAUCGAUUAGGUCUGGAUGUGUACAGAUUGCCCAUGGCGGAAGGGUUCGCACCGACGAAUGUGGAGGAGAUGGAUGCGGCCAUGACGAGCAUCGUUCAGGACUGCACGAUGAGAGGCACCAACGUGCUGGUUCAUUGUCGCGGUGGCGUGGGGAGGGCUGGGUUGAUUGCGUGCAGUUGGUUGUUGAAGAUGGGUUUCGUGGGGGAUGGGAGUGGGAGGAGGGGGGUGUUGGGGGAGAUGGAUGUGGAUGAGAGCGGAAGCGCUCGGGAGAUCGUGGAGAGGACGACGAGUGCGACGGCGCAUGAGGGAGUUGUCGGUAAUGGAGAGGGACCGUCGGAGAGAGAACAGGAGGAGGAGGCGGACACGAUAUUGGACACGGUGAGGUGUUUGAUCGAGACCAUCCGCAGAAGAAGGAGCCCCAAAGCGAUAGAGACCGCAGAACAGGUGCGCUUCCUCGUCGAGUACGUGACGUAUCUGCAUAGGCAGGAACGACUCAAGGCUGCUGCAGCAUAA